CAAAACCAGAAAUAUUCAUCUAAAAAUCCUAUUCAAAUCAUGGAAACCGGUUUCAACAUCUUAAAGCUAUCGCUUUGCCUCAGCCUAUUCGUGGUUGGAUCAUGUGCUCAGGCUCCCGCACCAUGGACUCCAUCUAAUGGGAUGCGUCCGGGGACGUGUGACCACUACGAGUGCCCCAACUAUAAAUUGGUAGAGGCCGGAUACGCCUAUGAGAUCCGCAUGUAUGACGCGGCCGUGUGGAUGUCCGCUGGUCCUAUCUCCGCAACAUCCAUGGCUCAAGCCACCAAAACCGGUUUCCAACGAUUAUUUAGUUACAUACAAGGAAAAAACAAGGAUAAUGUGAAGAUGAACAUGACAGCUCCGGUGAUCGCACAAGCAACGCCAGGACAAUCAGCCUACAACGUCUCCUUCUAUAUCCCGAAAAAGAACCAAGAGAACCCACCUCAGGACAAUGACCUCCAUGUGCAGUCAUGGAAACCAACCUACGUAGCCGUGAGGCAGUUGGGUGGGUACGUGUCGGAAGAUGUAGCCAAGAAAGAAGCUGCGGCUCUGAUGGAUAGCCUCGACGGAACUCAAUGGGUUUUGGCUAUCGAGAAGAGCAAAGGAAAAUCGCCAGCGUAUUUGGUCGCUGAUUAUAACCCGCCGUCCCAGACCACGGCUAGGGUUAAUGAGAUCUUGGUUCCGUUUACUAUGUAAAUGAGUAAAUCAUUGUCACGCCCUUCACAAUCGGAUUAGAAGAGGUGGUUUAGAACCCAGACUGUUAUAACCUCAGCUUCUGGUUUUACCGGUUUUAUAAAUAUUUCUGGUUAUUAUUUAUUAAUAUUCGUUUUCUGGCUAACAAGCAUAUAUAUUUAGUAAC